AUGGCCCCAGCGGAAGUUAAAAGGGAAGGUGAUGAUUAUGACAUUCCAAAUGAAGCAGAUGACAUUCAUUUGAUCAAUGAAAGUCGGGCGAAACAUUAUCAUGGUUACGAAGCUGGUCCGAGCAAUGAAGAAACAACCAACAUGAACGUUGAAGAUGGCGGAGCCGAUGUGAAACAAGAAAUGGUUGACGAUGCUCAUCGCAAUGACAUGGUUGGUGAUGUUGAACGUGCUAUUCUAGAACAAAAAUUUGAUUUGGUCGAAGACGGAGAAGCUUUUUACAAUGCGUAUGCUAAAGCCAAGGGAUUUAGUAUACGAAAAUCCAAAUUUAACACAAAUAAAGAGGGAAAGGUUGUUAAUAGGCUGUGGUUGUGUUCAAGGGAAGGUCAGAGAUUACCAAAAUACUUGGAACGUGUUGCUGAGAAAAGUAGAGCUCCCAAGGCACUAACAAGAGUAGGUUACAAAGCCCAAUUUCGCAUACGGUACAAUGCAGAUGCUGGUGAAGGGGAAAAGUAUGUUGUGACUCACUUCGUCGCAGAACACAACCAUGAAUUGGUGGAACAACACUGUGUGAUAUAUCUGAGGUCACAUCGCGGUUUAAACAGCGCUGACAAAGCUCAAGCAAUGGCUAUGCGCAACGUUGGUAUGAAGACUAGCCAAAUCAUGGACUAUAUGGUAAAUCAGUCCGGGUCUUAUGAGAAUGUUGGUUUCAUCCGCACGGAUUUGCACAACCAUAUUCAAGCCGAACAUAGAGCAAAAAUUGAGGAAGGUGAAGUACAGGGUGCGUUGGUUUACCUAUGUGCAAAACUUGAUGUUGACACACGUUUUUUUUACAAGUAUGAUGUAUGUAAGGAUAAAAAGUUACAAAAUUUGUUCUGGGCAGAUUCGAAAUCGCGGGCUAACUACACAAAGUUUAGUGAUGUGUUGACAUUUGACUCAACGUACAGAACCAAUGUGUACAAGAAACCUUUUGUCAUGUUAGCUGAUGUGACUAACCACUUUAGGACCAUGAUAUUUGCAUGUGUUUUGCUAGCUAACAAAACAAUUGAUACAUACACAUGGGUUUUGGAAACAUUUAUGGAGGCAAUGGCCAAUAAAGCACCUGUGUCCAUACUGACAGAUGGGGAUAAGGCGAUGCGAGAGGCAAUCAGAAGAGUAUUUCUGGACGCAAGACAUCAAUUAUGUAAUUGGCAUCUUAGGAAAAAUGUUGUUUCAAAUGUUCACAAAAGUGGCUUUGCACAUGCUUUCAAGCAGUGCAUGGACAUGGAAACAGAUGAGGCAAAGUUUGAGGAUGGUUGGACGAGAAUGGUCGAAAAAUUUGGGCUUCAAACCAAUAGCUGGGUGUUGGAGACAUAUGAGAAGCGUCACAUGUGGGCUAAGUCAUAUAUGCGUGGACAUUUCUUUGCUGGGAUGAAGAGCACUCAGCGCUCGGAGAAGAGACAUGGAGCUGAGCUAUUCACCCGAAAUAUAUUUAGAAUGUUCCGUGAUGAAAUCGUAGAAGAGGGGAAGUUGAAUGUGAAUGACGUGUUCCCUUUGUCGGAUGGUCAGAAAUGCUACUAUAUUCAUAAGUACGAGGUGAAGGAUAGAUCAUGGAUAGUAACACACAAUCCAGUGGAUGCUAAAAUGAGAUGUUCUUGCAUGAAGUUUGAGUCGUUGGGGCUACCUUGCUGUCACAUGAUAUGUGUUAUGAAAGCCAAAAAUUUAACGCAAAUUCCCCCAACUUGUGUGCUGCAUAGAUGGACAAGGGCUGCAAGCAAGAAUGGCCAGCAAUGGCCUCAACCCUCAAUUGAUAGCACUACAACACAGACGGCCCGGUAUGGGAUAUUGAGUUCUGCCUACAAUGAAAUGUGUUUCUAUGCUUCGCAAUCAACGAAAGGUUUCAAAGAGGCUCGGGAUGCAUGUCUUCCGAUGACGAGUUGGAUGAAGGAGUUAUAUGAGAGGAAUCUGAACAAUGGGGAUGGAGACAAAGGGAAACAUUCAAUCCCAUGA